GUUCCUGUGCAGGUCCGUUCCGCUUGCAGGCAGGUUCGUUCCUCUACGCGGGCAGGUUCUACAGAUUGCAUGCUGGGCAACGUACCAAAACAAUUGGAGGAUUUCGACGGCGGACCCUCCGAGUCCCGUCACACAACCUUGGGGCUGCUCACGGCAUUGGACCAUGCCUCCAUGCCAGAGUGCUUCGUGGUGAUCUACCUGGGAUGGGUACCUGCUGGACCAUGCGGCCUGUCUGUCUUCCUGACUGGCCGCGGGCAAAAGCUUGAGAGGCACGGCGGGAGCCACGUCGGGCGUCAGGAACACUGGCGAUGACGCGCAGAGUGGGAGCCACGGGCGACGCUGUCAGCGGUGGUGCAUGGGCCCCAGCUGCCUCCCUUUUUGGGACGAUGCCAGGUCUUGGUGCUCAGCACCGCAGCGGGGCCAUUCCGGAGCAGCCAGCCACAGACGCAUCGCAUCAAUUCCU